AUGAGAGCUCCGGACGGGGGCGCGGACAGGGGCCUCCGGUGCCGGGGAUCGGUGUGCCUGCUCUGGCUGCUGCUCUACGUGCCUCCGGCGUGCGCGUCCUACUCGCCCCAGAGCGGAGAAUGCCGAGGCAAAGGCCGCGACUGCACAGACUUGUCCCAGAGGAAGAGCGACCUGCGCGUGUGCGAUGAGUGGAGCUGUCGGUACGGGGGCGUGUGCAGAGACGACGGCGCUCAGCUCAAGUGCGUCUGCCAGUUCCAGUGCGACAAGGACUACAUCCCAGUGUGCGGAUCCAACGGAGACACGUACCAGAACGAGUGCUACAGACGCCAGGCCUCCUGCAAACAGCAACGACUCAUCAGCAAGCUGUCGGACGGGCCCUGCACUCAUGAGCCGGGAUCGGGUUCUGGAGAUGGAGACGACGCCGAGGGCUCCACGCCGGACCUCAGCCGCAAGUUCACCAAAUGUAGCACCUGCAAGUACGGAGCGGAGUGCGAUGAAGACUCUGAAGAUGUGUGGUGCAUCUGUAACAUCGACUGCAGCGGGCACAAUGAGAACCCAGUGUGCGCCACAGACGGGCACUCGUACUCCAACCCCUGCCUGGUGCGAGAGGCCUCCUGCAUGAAGCAAGAGCAGAUCGACGUGCGCCACCUGGGCUUCUGUGCAGCCGACAAAGACAAGAUGGGCAAGAAGGAGGACAACAGCCCCUUCAAAGUCCUGGACACCGGAGUGGACCUAGGAGAGGCGGCUCGUGCUGGGGUGCCCGUGCCUUGCUCCAGCAGCUACGCCGGAUACUGUGUCCAUGGCAACUGUGAGAUGCACUACAACACCGCCACCUGCAGAUGUGACGCGGGGUACAAAGGCCCUCAGUGCACCGAGCCCCAGGACUUUAACGUGCUCUACGUCGUCCCCAGUGGACAGAAACUGCACUACGUCCUGAUCGCCGCCAUCAUCGGAGCCGUGCAGAUCGCCAUCAUCGCUGCUGUGGUCCUGUGCAUCACCAGAAAAUGUCCGAAGAACCAGCGCGGACGUCGACACAAGCAGAACCUGGGACACUUCCCCUCAGAAUCCAACUCGCGCAUGGUAUAG